AUGGCAAGUUCUUUAGUACAACUAUUGGCUUCUAAUAAACUUACCGGGGAUAACUAUGCUACAUGGAAAUCAAACCUAAAUACUAUACUGGUGAUAGAGGACCUACAGUUCGUUUUAACAGAGGAAUGUCCUCCCGUUUCUGGCUCAAAUGCAAACCGAAAUGUUCAGGAAACAUACGUCAUAUGGAUCAGGGCUAACGAAAAAGCCUGUGCCUAUAUCCCUACCAGCAUAUCUGAUGUAUUGGCCAAGAAAUAUGAAAGCAUGAGUACUACCAGGGAGAUUAUGGAAUCUCUGCAUGGGAUGUUUGGACAAUCGUCCUUCUCCCUAAAGGAUGAUGCUAUUAGAUAUGUUUACAACUGUCAUAUGAAAGAAGGGACUUCUGUUAGAGAACAUGUCCUGGACAUGAUGGUCCAUUUCAACAUGGCAAAAGUAAACAGUGCUGUUGUUGAUGAGAAUAGUCAAGCUUACCAGACCAUGAUGACGGCUAAAGGACUAGAAUCAGAAGUAAAUGUUACUACUUGUCUCCAAGUCUCCACCUUGCAUGUUCUUCAUGAGCCUUCUGACCAUCUUCACCCUGAGCUUCAACUUAUGGACCUCGCCUUGGCUCUUUAG